GGGAGUCUGGUUGCUGUGGAGGGGUUGGGGGAGGCGGGCUGAUUGAGACCAGCUGCAGCUCCUAGAGCUCAAGGAUCUUUGGACCUGCCCAGGGGCUCUGGACUCUGCCCAGGGAUGGAUCACACCUCAUUCCUUGAGGCUGGGAGGCCACAGAGCUGCCUGGGGCAGCCAGAACUCCUCCACCCUCCUUCAAAGUCCUCAAAUAUAAGAGACCCCAGGGGACACUCCAUCUAGCUGCCAGUCCUCAGAGCCUGACUGCUCCUGCCCCAGAAAGACCUGGAAGAAGACAAGAAACACAGCUCUGCCCUGUCUCCCCUGUCCCAUCCAGCCUCCCUGCACCAGAGUCUGGAGAUCCCAUGGCCCGAGCCUGCACCAGUUGGGGUUGCUGUACCUGGCUUAUCCUCACCUGUGUUUGCACUUGGGGUCACCCAAACCCAGUAGACCUUGGAAGACAGGAUGUAAGAAACUGUUCAAUCAACCCACCGUACCUUCCAGUGACUGCAGUCAACACCACAGUGCAGCUCUCAGCCCUUCGCCAGGUGAUGCUCACCCAGAACCUCUCUGCCUACAUCAUCCCAGAUACGGAUGCCCACAUGAGCGAGUACAUCGGAGAGCAUGAUAAGAGGCGCAUGUGGAUGACAGGUUUCACAGGGUCUGCAGGGACCGCGGUGGUGACUAUGACAAAGGCUGCUCUCUGGACUGACAGCCGCUACUGGACUCAGGCUAAGCAGCAGAUGGACUGCAACUGGGAGCUCCAUGGGCAAGUUGGCACCUCUUCUAUUGACACCUGGAUCCUUGAUGAGACUCCUUCUAGAGGGCUCGUGGGCUUUGACCCCUUCCUCCACUCCAUUGCCUCCUGGGAGAGAUACAACACAGCCCUCCAAGACUCUGACAGAGAGCUGGUGUCCAUCCCUACCAACCUUGUGGACCUGGUGUGGGGACCAGAGAGGCCCCCCAUUCCCAGUGGGCCCAUCUACGCUCUGCAGGAGGAGUUCACAGGGAGUACCUGGCAGGAGAAAGUGACUGCUAUCCGCAGCCAGAUGCAGAAGCACCAAGAGGCCCCAACAGCAGUCCUACUGUCAGCGCUGGACGAGACAGCCUGGCUCUUCAACUUGCGUGGCAGCGAUAUUCCCUACAACCCCUUCUUCUAUUCCUACACACUGCUCACCAGCACCUCCAUCAGGUUAUUUGUGAACAAGAGCAGCUUUGACACAGAGACCAUGAAGUACUUGAACUCAGACUGCACGGGCUCCAUGUGUGUGCAGCUCCAAGAGUACAACAAGGUCCGAGACAGUGUCCAGGCCUAUGCCUUGGGCGAUGUGAGGAUUUGGAUCGGCACCAGCUACACCACCUACGGGCUGUAUGAAGUCAUACCCACGGAGAAGCUGGUAACAGAUGCCUACUCACCAGUGAUGAAGACCAAGGCAGUAAAAAACAGCAAGGAACAGAUGCUGCUCAGAGCCACCCAUGUGAGGGACGCUGUGGCCGUGAUCCGAUACCUGGUCUGGUUGGAGAAGAACGUGCCCAAAGGCACAGUCAACGAGUUCUCAGGGGCUGAGCUGAUGGACUCAUUCCGAGGAGAUGAAGAGUUCUCCUCCGGACCCAGCUUCGAGACCAUCUCUGCUAGUGGCCCAAAUGCUGCCAUGGCCCACUACAGCCCAACCAAGGAUCACAACCGCAACUUGUCCACGGAUGAGAUGUACCUGCUGGAUUCUGGGGGACAAUACAGGGACGGAACUACAGACAUCACCAGGACUGUCCACUGGGGUAACCCCAGCGCUUUCCAGAAGGAGGCGUACACCCGCGUGCUGAUAGGAAGCAUAGAACUGUCCACCCUCAUCUUCCCCAGCCAUGUGUCAGGAUGGACACUGGAAACCUUUGCCCGCAGAGCCUUGUGGAAUGUUGGCCUCAAUUAUGGCCACGGGACAGGCCACGGCAUUGGCAAUUUCCUGGGUGUGCACGAGUGGCCUGUGGGAUUCCAGUCCAACAACAUUGCCAUGGAGAAGGGCAUGUUCACAUCGAUAGAACCUGGUUACUAUCGGGAUGGAGAAUUUGGGAUCCGUAUUGAAGAUGUGGCCCUCGUGGUAGAAGCUAAGACCAAGUACCCAGGGAACUACCUGACAUUUGAAGUUGUGUCCUUGGUGCCUUAUGACCGAAACCUCAUCGAUGUUAGCCUGCUGUCCCCUGAGCAGCUCAGGUACCUAAACCGCUACCACCAGAUGGUACGUGAAAAGAUGGGCCCAGUGCUGGAGCGGCGAGGCUUGCUGGAGGAGCUGACAUGGCUGAGGAAACACACGGAGCCCCUGGCUGAGCCCCUGCCUGGGGGAGCCCCCGGCCCCGUAUCCCUGGCUAUGCUGAUGGCCAUCUCCUCCAUUCUUGUCAACUUGGGCUGGAGCAUCUAGACGCUCCUCUUGUCUUUUCUCCCCCUCCCCCCGCCCCAAAUAUUCUUGCCUGGAAGCCACUACCCAAUGACCUCCUUUCUUAAUAGCCCUAGAGAUGGGCUUUGUGCACCCCCAUCCCCUAGGCUCCCAUCCUGGCCUUGCAAUGGCAGUGUCAGCCUAUCCCUUCCCUCCCAUGAGCCAGUUCACCUGGCACCUGACAGAGCCUGCUGUUCCUGCUUGUUCCCUCUGCUACCCCCUCAAACCCCCCAAUUAAAAAUCGCUAGGGCAGUACACCAUUUCCAGGGGCUCCAUGGCCCCAGCGAAGCCCUACCCUG